GAUAAAGAAGAGAGAAAGAGAGAGAGAGAGAGAGAGAGAGAGAGAGAGAGGACAUGGGCUCCCAUGUAGUAUUCCUUCAAGUGCUUUUGAUAGCUCUCAGUGCAACUCCAUUCAUAGAUGGUUGGGGUAAGGAGGGCCAUUCCAUGGUCUGCAAGAUAGCACAGCAACGACUGACGGUGGAUGCAUCGGCAGCGGUUCUCGAUCUUCUUCCAGAGGCCGCAGGAGGCGAACUUUCAGAGGUGUGUUCAUGGGCAGACGAGGUCCGGUUCCGGUACCGAUGGUCAAGUCCGUUGCACUACAUAAAUACGCCAGGGGUCUGCACCUUUCAGUAUAAGAGGGAUUGCCACAAUUCCAAAGGAGUGGAUGAUAUGUGCGUGGUUGGAGCAAUCAACAACUACACUUCACAAUUAGAGUCCUAUGGAGACUCAUCAGUUCAGUAUAACUUGACAGAGAGCUUAAUGUUCCUGGCCCAUUUUGUGGGAGACGUACAUCAACCUCUACAUGUAGGAUAUGAGGCAGAUGAAGGUGGUAACACCAUACGCGUCAGAUGGUACCGCAGGAUGACCAAUCUUCACCAUGUGUGGGACGUGAGUAUAAUAGAGACGGCCAUGAAGGAUUUCUACAGUAAUGAUCUCAAUCUCUUGACCGAAGCCAUCCAACAGAAUCUCACCGAUGUAUGGUCGGAUCAAAUCACUAAAUGGGAGACUUGUAAUAAAAAACGAGUUACUUGCGCAGAUACGUAUGCAUCAGAGAGCAUUCGACUUGCAUGUAAUUAUGCAUAUAAGGAUGUCGAAAACGGAAUGACAUUAGACGAUGAUUAUUUCCUUUCGCGGCUUCCCGUUGUUCAAGAGAGGAUUGCACAAGCUGCUGUGAGAUUGGCUGCUCUCCUCAAUCACAUCUUCAAUGCCAGCGUCAGCGAAAGAAAUCCAACGGUAGCAGAGAUAUGAAUGCUCCAUGGGGUUCAUCAAACGGCCAUCAAUUAAUAACAGAAGGGACUUGGACGGCCAGAAUUACUCAAUUUGUGUCAUUCUUGGGUUCGCCCAUACAAUCUGGGACCCGCUGUUGGACGACCACAUAUAUUUAGCAGGUUUCGUUGCCCCACGUAUUUUGUGCACUCCAAAUUUCGAAUGUCUUAUUAGUUUAUUCUGUCUUGAUCAUGGAGGAUUUUACAUCCAACA